UGUGUGGGGCUGACCCCGGUGUGGGGCUGACCCCUGCGUGGGGCUGACCCCUGUGUGGGGCUGACCCGGUGUGUGUGGGGCUGACCCGGUGUGUGUGGGGCUGACCCCUGUGUGGGGCUGACCCGGUGUGUGUGGGGCUGACCCCUGCGUGGGGCUGACCCGGUGUGUGUGGGGCUGACCCGGUGUGUGUGGGGCUGACCCGGUGUGUGUGGGGCUGACCCCUGCGUGUGGCUGACCCCUGCGUGGGGCUGACCCCUGCGUGGGGCUGACCCCUGCGUGGGGCUGACCCCGGUGUGGGGCUGACCCCUGUGUGGGGCUGACCCGGUGUGUGUGGGGCUGACCCGGUGUGUGUGGGGCUGACCCCGGUGUGUGGGGGGCUGACCCCGGGGUGGGGCUGGCCGGGGCGAUGGCCGCAGAGGCGGUGAAGGUGGCUGUGCGCUGCCGGCCGCUGAGCGGGUGUGAGGUGGCCGUGGGGUGCUGGGCAGUCGUUGGCGUGGACGGUACGGGGCCGGUGCCUCCUGCGGAACCCUGCGGCACCUGCAGAGCCCCCCAGCAGUUCUCCUUCGACGGGGCGUCUGGUGGGGAGCAGAGCACCGAGCACAUCUACAGCGAGACUGCCUACCUGCACGUGGAGGGUGUCGUGGAAGGCUACAAGGGCACCAUCUUUGUCUACAGCCAGACUGGCAGUGGGAAGUCAUUCACCAUGCAGGGAGCUGUGGAUCCUUCCUCACAGAAAGGGAUCAUUCCCAGGGCAUUUGAGCACAUCUUUGAGAGCGUACAGUGUGCUGAAAAUGCCAAGUUCCUGCUGAGAGCCUCCCACCUGGAGAGCUACAAUGAGGACAUACAAGACCUUCUGGGAGCUGACACCAGGCAGAAGCUGGAGCUGAAGGAGCAGCUGCAGCAGGGGGUGUCAGUGAAGGGGCUGUCCCUGCCUGUGGCCCAGUGUGAGCAGCUGAUGGACACGGGCUGCAGGAACAGAGCCGUGCCCUUCACCCUUGUGAACAAGGGCUGUUCCCGCUCCCACUGCACCUUCCCUGUUGGGAUGGGAAUCUGCACUGCCGUGGCUACCUGGGUGCCCCGCCUUGGGCCUAGCAGGGCACAGGAUCUGUGUGCUCACUCAUCAUCCCACAGCUACCCUUGCGUGUCUCCGGCUGAUGACAGCCAUGAGGAAAGCCUCAGCACCUUGUGCUACACAAAUCGAGCCAGGAGCAUCAGGAACAAGCCCUGCAUCAACGAGGACCCCAAGGAUGCCCUGCUGAGGGAGUACCAGGAGGAUAUUAAGAAGCUGAAGGCCAUUCUGGCUGAACAGAUGGGCAUGAGGGACUUGUCAGGGCUUCUACAUGCUGAGGCUGCUCACCUGGGAGCAAAUCCAGCUCCCUGCCUCAAACCCGUGGUGGAUCUGGAAGCAGAGAAGCAGCUGAUCAGAGAAGAGUGCCAAAAGAGGCUGGCCUGGCUCCAGGCCAGUACCAAGCAGAGCAGGCAUCCCUGCCCGCCUGGGACGGACAUCAGCAGCCUGAGGGAUGACUUUGAUCUCAAGGUGUCUGUUCUCCAGGAUCUCCUCAGGAAGGAAGCAGGACUCUCACUGUGUCUUUCAAGAGCUACAGCCUCUGUUUUCCUCUUGUGCCCAGGACACAAGAGGAAAACAGAGGCUGCUGCACUUGGGACCGUCACAGACAGUGGUGAGGUGAGCAGGGGCAGUGGUUUCGCAGCAGGAGCUUGCACUGCCCUGGGGAUUUCCCCGCCUGCAGACCAGCAGCUGCUGCUUGCCAGGCUGCAGAUGCUGGAGCAGCAGGUGGUCGGGGAACAGGCUCAGAACAAGGACCUGAAGGAAAAGCACAAGUGCCGGGAGAAAUACACAGGCGAGCUGCAGCUGGUGGCUGCACUGCAGGAAUCCAGCGAGGACAGCAGGGAGCAGGCUCUCCUCAAUGUCUCCGAUUCCAUCCAGGAGGAGGUUCAAGCCAAGAGCAAGAUGCUGGACAAGGUGCAGGAAAAGCUCCGGGCUGCCGAGACCAAGAUCAAAGAGCUGGAGUUGGAGUUUGGGCUGGAAAAGAUGGAUUACCUGAGCACCAUCCGGCACCAGGAGCGAGACCUGAUGCUCUGCCAGCAGCUGCUGGGUCAGGUGCAGUCCCUUGUCCAGUGCUUGUCACAGUGUGACUGCAACUACAGCAACCUGGAGGGGAUCAGGUGUGAAUCUAUCUGGGAUGAGGAGAACGGCUGCUGGAAAAUUCCAGAGCCUGUCAUUCAAUAAAGCCACCUGCCCACAGCGGUUCCAGCCCUGCCAUAGCCCAAACUUGGCCGCAACCCCUCGAAUGAGAGCGGGGAGCCAGCGCCCGAGGAAGACCACUACAGGCUGGUGCUGGACAGGAGCCACACCGAGACCAUCGCCAGCAACUACUUCCCAGCGAGCCAGCCAGAUCCUUCAGCUGGACCAAGCUAAUCCCCUUUUCCCAGAUGUCGCCGGCACUCUUUAUUUUCCUCCUUUUCCUUGAGAAAUUAAAUGGCGAGCUACCCAGCACCAAUUCUGCCUCAACCGCUUGACCUCUCAGGGGUUUCUCGCAGGACGCAUCCGCAUUGUGCGGUCCU